UUUUCCAGCUGAGCUCAUCACCAGAGUCCUACAAAUCAGACAGCCAACCUGCCCUAAACUCUGCCCCUAGAAGCUGUGACCCAGAAGGAGUCCUUGUCCAGCUGUAGCCCAGAGACACUGCAGCCUGAGCAGGACUGCACCUCUUCCCUCCCAGGAGCCUCAUCUCUGUCUGGCCUGGCUCUGGCUUCCAAUGCCCUCAGCUUUGGCUUCAAAAUCUGUUGGGUCAGAUUCGUGAGAGCUCUGGCCUUCUUCAGUUUAGGGAUUUUUAAAUAGUUUUUUUUCAAGCAGGCAGAAGAUGAGCUCUGCUUGCUUACCUCUAAGAAUUGGCUAGAACUCACAGAAGGCUGUUAUACUCAUAGUUAUGGCUUGAUUACAUGGAAAGGAUACAGAUUAAAAUCAGCCAGGGGAAGAAAGGCAUAGGGCUGAGUCCAGGAGGGCACCAGGCAUGGAGUGUCCAUUAUCCCUUCCCCGUGCAGUCAGAGUGCAUUACCCUCCCGGCUUUGCUAUGUGCCAAUACACAUGGAGUAUUCUCAGCCAGUGAGGCUCCGUCAAGCCUCAGUGUUCAGGGUUUUUAUUGGAACUUCAUCACAGAGGCAUGCUUGAUUGUCCAUGUGGCUGCUCUCAGUUUCCAGUCUCCAGUCCUUUUAGGGGUGACCUAAAGCCUGGACUCUAAAUCACAUAGUCACUUUUCCUGGCUUGGCUAGUCCCCACUAUCAUUUUUUUUUGAGAUGGAGUCUCACUCUGUUGCCCAGGCUGGAGUGCAGUGGCAUGAUCUUGGCUCACUGCAAGCUCUGCCUCCUGGGUUCAUGCCAUUCUCCUGCCUCAGCCUCCCAAGUAGCUGGGACCACAGGUGCCCACCACCACACCCAGCUAAUUUUUUGUAUUUUUAGUAGAGACAGGAUUUCACCAUGUUAGCCAGGAUGGUCUUGAUCUGACCUCAUGACUCACCUGCCUCGGCCUCCCAAAGUGCUGGGAUUACAGGCGUGAGCCACCACACCUGGCCCCCACCAUCUUAUUAUUAGACUAUCCAUCAUGACCCAAGAUCCCCAGGCAAAGAUAUUCCUAUCAGGCAUUAUGUGUUGAAGAUUACCUCCCAGGAGUCUAGGACAAAGUCCAGACCUUUUUUUGGUCAAGCUUAAUUUUUUUUAACUAUACAACAUGUCAUCAUUCUGUUAUCCUUCCUAUCUGUUUUAUCUUCAAAAUAACCCUAAUUGGUGGGUAAGAAUGUUUAUUAUAGAUGAGAUCUCAAAAGGAAAGACACUUGAGCAAAGUUGCACAGUUGAUCCUUGACUCAUGGUACAAGACUUCUUUCCACUACUCUGAGAGCCCUGAGUCCUGAGAAGAAGAUGGAAGGAAGCUUUGUGAGGAAAAGAAUACCACAUGAAGAAGAACAACUCAAGCAGGGUGUGGUCCUGGUUACGACUCCUCUGGCUCAGUCACACAGCAGCCUGGUAGGUGCCUGGAGGUGUUCGCUGAUGUGGCCCCAACCCUACGUCCCUCCCCACCCCAUGAUGUUAGAAGAAACUCGACAGAACAAAUUGGCAGCAGCCAAGAAAAAGCUAAAAGAAUAUCAGCAGAGGAGCAGCCCUGGUGUUGCAAGAGGAGCGAAGAUAAAGAAAAAAACUGGCAGUAGCCCUGAGACAACCGCUUCUGGUGGUUGCCAUUCACCUGGGGAUAGCCAGUACCAAGGACUAACAGUGGCCCUGGAGUCAAGCUCCAUGACUAUCCAUCAACUCAAUGAAAACAUAGAAUCAUUGAAAGAGCAGAAGAAAGAAGUGGAACAUCAGCUGGAAGAAGCAAAGAAAGCAAACAAUGAAAUACACAAAGCACAAACGGAGCAGUUGGAGACAAUCAACAUCCUCACAUUGGAAAAGGCAGACUUGAAGACCACCCUAUACCAUACUAAACGUGCUGCCCAACACUUCGAAGAAGAGUCCAAGGAUCUGGCUGGCCGCCUGCAAUACUCCUUACAGCGUAUUCAAGAAUUGGAGCGGGCUCUCUGUGCUGUGUCUACACAGCAGCAGGAAGAGGACAGGUCCUCGAGCUGCAGUGAAGCGGUCCUCAAGCGGCGGUUACAGCAGACCAUAAAGGAGCGGGCGCUGCUGAACACACAUGUGACACAGGUGACAGAGUCAUUAAAACAAGUCCAGCUACAGAAAGACGAAUACGCUGAACACAUAAAAGGAGAGAGGGCCCGGUGGCAAGAGAGGAUGCGGAAAAUGUCGGUGGAGGCUCGCACAUUGAAGGAAGAGAAGAAGAGUGACAUACGUCGGAUACAGGAGCUGGAGAGGAGCUUGUCCAAACUCCAAAACCAGAUGGCUGAGCUCCAGUCCCCGGCACCCCCAGCAGGGACCUCUGAGUUGGAGCAGCUACAAGAUGAGGCCAAACAGCUGAGGAAGGAAGUGGAGAGACUGGAGGGAAAGCUCCAAUCCCAGGUGGGAAACAACCAGGUCUUGAGUCUCCUGAGCAAGGAACAAAAUGAGAGGCUCCGAGAGCAGGAGGAGAGGAGGCUGCGGGAACAGGAGAGACUGUGUGAGCAAAAUGAGAGGCUUCAGGAGCAGCAGAAGAGGCUGGGGGAGCAGGGUGAGAGGCUGCGAAAGCAGGAGCAGAGGCUACGAAAGCAGGAGGAGAGGCUGCAAAAGGAGGAGGAGAGGCUGCGAAAGCAGGAGCAGAGACUGUGGGACCAGGAGAAGAGGCUGUGGGAGAAGGAGGAGAGGCUACGAAAGCAGGAGGAGAGGCUCACGCUCUCCCAGAACCACAAGCUCGACAAGCAGCUGGCUGAGCCACAGUGCGGCUUCAAGGAUCUGGAGCACCUAGAAGCUGCCAGCCAGUGGAACCAACAGCUAGAGACCCAGUUGAGCCUCAUGGCUCUCCCUGGAGAAGGAGAUGGAGCACGACAUCUGGACAGUGAGGAGGAGGAGGCGCCUCAGCCCAUGCCAAACAUCCCAGAAGACCUGGAGAGCCGGGAGGCCACGGAGAGUACAUCACCGUAUAUGAGAGCCAGGGGGCAGUGCCAAACACGCGGCACCAGGAGAUGGAGGAUGUCAUCAGUCUGGCCCAGAACGAGGAGGAAACAAAGAACCCUGCUGAUGAGCCUGCUCCAGGGGCCCCAGCUCCCCAGGAACUUGGGGCUGCUGGUGAGCAUGAUGAUUUUUAUGAGGUGAACCUGGAUGACAGCGUGGAGCCUGCACCAGCAGCGACCAGGGAGGGUUCUGCACAGCAGAUCGUGCAGCUGCCUCCUGUAAGGCAGGACACCCAGGAGCACCCAGGCUUGCCCAGCAAACCCUGCAUGCCAUUCUUUUACCGGGCAGCCGAGAACAGGGAGAUAAACAUCAUCAUCAUCUAAGAGCUGGUCAAGAAAUUUAAAACAACAACAAAAAGUUAUGGGGUUAAUCUCCUACACAAUUCAUAUACUCCAUUUGAAUGUUAGAGCCACUCACAUUGAUUUGUGUUUCUAAUUUACAGUUUAAAUUUAUUUGUAAAAAGUUAAGGGAGAGUGAAUCUUUCCCUGAUGUUCACUCUGGCAUCCUUUAGCAUUUUUGUUUUUUUAAUUUGAUAAUUACAGGUCAUUAGCAUGCAUAUCAAGUUUGCCCUUAGGUGAUGGGAGUUCAAACACACAAAGACCCACUAUCUGCACGAAACUAUUCUUGCCAGUUUGGAAUAGGCUGCCAUGCUUUUUUAAUGUUAUUGCAGCAUGUAUAUUCAUUACAGAAUUCAGAUAAAAUGUGCUUAUGUUCUGCUAUUAUGUUUGAUCGAAUCCUAAUCACAGUGAGCUCUUCAUUGGCUCAAUAUGUGGUUUGCCCUCAAGUGCGCACUGUUUAUUACUUUGUAACGUGCCACUGUGAGUACUGACAUUUAGAGUUGUUUAAAGGCCGAGAACUGGAAACAGCCUUUCCCCUAUUUUCGUGUAUUGGGAAUGGGAGUAAUAACAUUUUGGGGAGCUUUUUAAAUCUCACAGAAGAGGAAAGUGGCCUGCUCUGGCAGGUGUGUGCAGGAUAGAGUGUGUUUCAUUUGUUCUGGUGCCAAGAAUGAGCGCUGUACUAUGGUGGUUCCCUUAGGAUUUGUAUGUGCUCUGGGCUCAUGAAGAUAUUGCAUCAUGAGCUGCAGCAGUUGUACCCUUUCUCGAUGACCUAAAAAGGGAUUAUUUCUGAGGAAUGAAAGGCUCCCAUCAUUGACUGUGGAUGUGGAAAACAUUUUCUAGCUUAGAGCAUUUAUAUCUAUAAUACAUUUUAAAGUCAGAGUUCAUGUUACCUGUUUUAAUCACAUGAGUAUAUGUCCCAGAACACAAAAGGGCACUGGUUGGCAUUCUUCUUAAUGUAUUUAGUAAAGAUCAUAAGAAAUCCUUUAAGAGUUUAAAUGUCCCUGGAAGAGGCAUACAGGCUCUAGUCAAGAAUGAAUUCGAGUGAAGGAAAGCUGUGUGACACUUGGCCUUCCUCUAUGUUCAUGGAGCUUCUUUGAGGCUAGAAGAUGGAUUUUUACCAUCUAGACCUCUCUGGCUAAUACCUAUUCUUCAACCACAUUGGUUACUCUGACAUAGGAAUUUACUUCUUUUCUUUGAAUGGAAAACACUUUAAAAAUAAUAACAACCAUUAUUAUAAACCAAUAUAUGUGACAGUACUCAGUUGAAACAAAAAGGAGUUUUAGUAGACAGUAUUAUACUACAUAUGAAAAUCAAGGCAAAGUUUUUGCAACUUAAAAUGUUUACAAGCUGCUGUGCAAUCUACUGUUUGUGAAAGUCAAAGUAUUAUGAGGAAAAGUGUCUAUACAAUCAGAGUUAUAUUUCCUCACAAAGUUCUUUACAAAGAGUGAAAUAUGUUUUUAUACCUCUCAGUUUCAGUUUAGAGGCAUAUUUUGUGCCAUAUUUAUGUUAAUGUGCCUAUACAUGAUGAAUGAGUUAUUUCAGUCAUACAUUGCCUAAAUCAUAACUUUAUGAUGCUUGGGAAAGAAUCGACAGUUAAAACUUCAUGAAGUUCUAAUGUCUGUGUUCCAAAAUACGUCACAUUAUUAGGAUGUAGGGAGAGAUGUAUGUGCACUCCCUGGGGUGGGCAUUUCUAGUUACUAGACCAUCUCCAUUUUUAGCAUUUGGCAUCCUCAUGAUACUUUUAUAAAUAUGACAUUAAUAGGAAAGCAAUAAUAUGAUUUUACAGAUGAAAUAACAGAUUUGCCUGCAUUCACUGAAAGAGUGCAAAUAUUGGGUUAUUGUGACUUCAACUGGCUCUUCCAAAUUGUAUGAAUUUAUCAAUGUAUUAGAUAAACCCAGUUUCAGAAUGAUAAAGAAAAACUGUUAGACCAAAUAAUGUGGCUAAUUAACAGUGGUACGAUUUCUAGCCUGAGGGUUUCAAAUGGACUUAAGGUCCUGUUCGUGCCUUCUAUUUUGUGAACUUGCCGCUUUUGCAUUAUUUGAGCUCACUUGAAAGACAGUUACUUUAAGUCCAUUUUAAACCCUUGGGCUAGAAAUCGUACCACUGUUAAUUAGCCACCUUAUUUGGUCUAACAGUUUUUCUUUAUCAUUCUGAAACUGGGUUUACCUAAUACAUUGAUAAAUUAUUUCAAAGGAAUUUUUAUAGUUGAAAUCACUUCACUUUUACCCUGAUAAAGAUAAAUGACUAGGAAUGACCUUCAGAUAGUGUUUAGCACCUGUAACCAAUCUGACAAUAAUGUGUUCAUCAGGUACCUAUGGAUUAAAUCACAUACUGGCAUAUUUAAGCUGAAUAUCAAUCUGGAAAAUAAAUGUACUGUAUUAACUGAAAUACCACUCUCUGUGUAGGUAUCUUGUCCUAUGUUUCAAAAAAAGCUAAAAAGAAUGGAAAUCCUAUGACAAAAACUUAAGUCUUUCUUCAAAGCUCAUGCAGUCUUUUGCAAUACCUCAUUCAGCCAAGUAUUUGUUCUCUUCCUCAUUCAGUAUAAGGCAGCUUUCAAUUUGCUUAGAAGGCAACAUUAGAAGGUUAGAGUUCAUCAGAAAUAUAGAAUUUUAAAAUGUGAGUUCAACUGAAUAAAUUUGAAUUUUUGUAGGAAGAAUCAAAAUACCUAUUUAAAUAUUGCAAUAUAUGGUCUUUAUUUAUCUGGUAUUUAUAUAUAUGGUCUUUAAGUAUCUGAUUAAACCUGAUAGUUUUUCCAGAAAUGAAAAAAAAUCAAUUCUAAACCCAAAGCUGAUUUUUAGAAAAUGUGAAACUGUAAUUCAGCCCUAUCCAUAAUACUUUCUCUAAAACUUUAUCUUACAGUCACUUUAAAAUAAUAUAACUAUUCAAAAAUGUAACUGCUAUGUUAAUGUUUUGAAAUAACUUAAAACAUUUUAAAAUAUGAAUACUGUCAUUUAAAUCAAAGAAACUGGAGGAAGGAUAAGUAGAGAAAGAGAUGCCAAUUCCAGUCCAAACCUUUAUUUGUCAAGUUUUCUUAGAAUGACUUUUACCAAUUGAUGAAUUCCUGUAAACAGAAUGUGUAAUGGAAAUACUGAAACACUGUUGCCUAAAGUGGGAUUAUUGACUGCUACUGUGAUGCUACUGUAAUGUAAUAAAUUAUUAAAUUGUUGCAAA